AUGACCCUGGGAGCCAUAGACUUCCCUGAACCAUCCAGCCUCAACCCAGCAGCUCCUCCCAGCCCCUUCAUCGUCACUCUCCUCCAGGACACCGAGUGUGCGCGGCAACUGAGUGUGCCUGUGCGGACUGGUGGCCUCCAUCCACCAGUCCUGAUGGAGAUGGUUCCUUGUGAGGAGGAGGAGGAGGAAGACCGGCCUCUUAUGAAGGCCACUCCGUCCUGGUCACUGUCCUGGCAUAUUCAGAAGUAUGUUUCAUGGAUUUUGAGGAUUCAGAAAGAGGGAACAGAAACUGGUUGCUGCAUCUCAGAUGAAGAUGUUCCUCAGAGGAGGAAACAUUUUGUCCACGGGACAAGGAUCCGCUUGUGGCCACCCAGCAGGGUGGAGCCCACUUACCCCAGUGAUGUUUCCAACAGGGUCAUAAUGGAGGUGGUCCCCUGUGUCUUCCCAGAACAGGAGGAGGAACUGUCUGUCGGGAAGGUGGAACCCUCAGACAAGGAAAACAUCAUCCUGGAGACCUUGAGGGAUAGCUUCCAUCAUCACAGAAGAUCAGAAGAAUCCAUCGAAUACCCGAGUUGGAAUGCCCACAGGCAGUGGGACUGGAGCAGCGAUGAGGAAGACUGUGAAGGCCAUACCAUCUCCGUCACUGCUCUAGUGCACGCAGAAGCAAGUUUCUCUGACGCCAAGGAGGAGAAGGCAGAACCAGCCGUUGGGUCCUGUGAUGGCAUCUGCAAGGAGGCGGAACUGCGAUCAUGA